AGGAAGCUGUAAUCUCGCGUUACUUUGGUCCUUUGUGUUGAGACGACCGUCUCCAGUGAAGCUCCAGGCAAUAAACUCCGCUUAUAAACCAUCCGAGCUAUCGGUCGUACCUAAAUCGAACCAGUCCACUGCUGUGGACAUUUUCUACUCCACCUGUGCCUCAUAUUCAGACCCUAUUAAUCGCCCGGACCUGUUUCCAUGGCAGUGAGACGAGGACACAUCAGGUACCUGAAGGUGUGUGAGGUCCAGCCGACGCAGGGUGAAGGCAGAGACGCUUCCUCCAAAGGAGCAGCUGCAAAGGAGCUGUACGAUAACGGCUUCACCGAAGCAAUGAUGGAGGAGGACGACGACUCUCGGACCAACCUGAUCGUGAACUACCUGCCGCAGAGCAUGAGUCAGGACGAGCUGCGCAGCCUCUUUAGCAGCGUGGGAGAGGUGGAGUCGGCCAAACUGAUCCGCGACAAAUCGGCAGGUAACCACGGCGACGCAGGCCACAGUUUAGGUUACGGCUUUGUUAACUUUGUUAACCAUAGUGAUGCAGAGAGGGCUAUCAGUACCCUCAAUGGCCUGAGGCUACAGUCUAAAACUAUCAAGGUGUCGUUUGCUCGCCCGAGUUCUGACACCAUCAAAGACGCCAACCUGUACAUCAGCGGUCUCCCCAGAACGCUGAGUCAGCAAGACCUGGAGGACAUGUUCUCCUCCUUUGGACGCAUCAUCAACUCCAGGGUCUUGGUGGACCAGGCGUCAGGUCUCUCUCGGGGAGUGGCGUUCAUCCGCUAUGAUAAGAAAGCGGAGGCUGAGGACGCCGUGAAGCACCUGAACGGACACGUCCCACCCGGUGGAUCUGAGCCAAUCACGGUGAAGUUCGCUGCCAACCCCAAUCAGGGCCGAAACUCCAUGAUGAUGUCACAGACGUACCACGGCCAAUCGCGGCGCUUCGGGGGCCCAGUCCAUCAUCAGGCGCAGAGAUUCCGGUUUUCUCCAAUGACUGCUGACCACAUGGGGGCCGGGGGCGGAGCCUCUGGGAGCCCAUCGUCUGGUUGGUGCCUGUUUAUCUAUAACCUGAGCCAGGACGCAGACGAGGGAAUGCUGUGGCAGAUGUUUGGGCCUUUUGGCGCCGUCGUCAACGUGAAAGUCAUCCGAGAUUUCAACACCAACAAGUGCAAAGGCUUCGGUUUCGUUACCAUGGCGAACUACGAGGAGGCCGCCAUGGCCAUCCACAGCCUAAACGGAUAUCAGCUGGGAGACAAAGUCCUUCAGGUGUCCUUCAAGACCAAUAAAGGACAUAAGUAG